AUUCUCCGGCCCCCAUGAAAGCUGAGUCAGAGACAGCCGCUUCCCCUUGGAGCACAGUGCCUCCCAUGGGGGCCCUCCUGGCUGCCAAAUGCCUCUGACCUGCUGGGAAGCACAGUGACCCAGGAAGGAGGGAGACUGAAACCUGGAGCCGGACUUGAGCAGGACUGGAGCCGGAGGAGGAGGCAGACAGAGGCGGAUGGACUUGAGCCCUUCCCUUCUUCCCUCCCCGCCUCAGCACUCGUCCCUGGCCAGAGGCACUUCAGGUUCCCCAGGGGAUCCCUCAGCUCUACCCUGCCCCUGUCUGGGGCCUCAGGCCCUUGAGGCUUGCAUCUCAGGAUGUCGAUAGCUGUGGAGACCUUUGGCUUCUUUGUGGCAGCCCUGGGGCUACUGAUGCUGGGGGUGACCCUGCCGAACAGCUACUGGAGAGUGUCCACCAUUCACGGGAAUGUCAUCACCACCAACACCGUCUACGAGAACCUCUGGUAUAGCUGUGCCACCGACUCCCUGGGUGUCUCCAACUGCUGGGAGUUUCCGUCCAUGCUGGCCCUCUCUGGGUAUGUCCAGGGCUGCCGUGCAUUCAUGAUCACCGCCAUCCUCCUGGGCUUCCUAGGCCUCUUCCUGGGCAUGCUGGGGCUGCGCUGCAUCAGCAUUGGGAGCGUGGCGCUGUCCGUGAAAGUCAAGCUGGCGGCCACCGGAGGGACCCUACACAUACUGGCGGGGGUCUGUGGGAUGGUGGCCAUCACGUGGUAUGCGAUCAACAUCACUCAGGAUUUUUUCAACCCUCUGUAUGCUGGAACCAAGUAUGAGCUGGGCCCUGCCCUCUACCUGGGCUGGAGCGCCUCCCUGCUCUCCAUCCUGGGUGGCAUCUGCCUCUGCUCCAACUGCUGCUGUGCCUCCAAAGAGGACCGCGUCACCAGGGCCCAGCUUCCCUACAAGGCGUCCACAGUCCAGAUGCCCUCUCCAGCCUCGCAAGAAGAAGGUGACAUCAGCUUUGGCAAAUAUGGCAAAAAUGCCUAUGUGUAGGAGCUCUGGCCUGUUGACCCCACUGCCCCUAGGACCCUAUCCUCCCUGGAAUAACCUCAGGGCAGGCCACACACCAUGUCUGGCAAGCACAUCCAGGACAUGCCCCUCACCUGGACAUUCUUCCUGCCCCUUGCAGGCCCCUUGCAGGCUUCUAAAAACUCACCUGGGCUUCCAGGGGCAAAGGGAAGGAGCUGGCUCCCAGCGUGUGUGUUCUGUAUAAAUAAAUGCAUGAAUAAAUGUAUACUGAGAUUUCU